AUGAAGGCACUUCUUUGCGAAGAGGACGAUACCAAAGUGGAGGAGGUUCAUGACAGUUCUUACGCCCAGUGUCCCUUUAAUCCGAAGGCCCUCGCUAAUCUUUGUGAAUGUGAUGUUCACCGAGAAACGAAACCGGGAGAGACCUGCCCGAUGGCCGAGGACCCUUACUGCCGUGGAUGUCAGGUCGCCUUUCCGCCUCAAAUGUUGGGACCCUGCGAGAAAAUCUUCGUGGCUGAGGAUGUCCGUGCAGCUGAUAUCACCGCUGCACAUUUCGAAGUGGAAAAACCCUCUGAUACUACGCUGGUGAUUAAACAGACAUGCACUGAAUGUUGCAAGGAAGCGGUAGAUACUGAAAUCUGUUGCACCGACGAACCUACGCUGGAACCUGAGGAGGAGCUGCCUUCAGAGGAAAGUUUAGACUCGAAAGAAAUUACGGAAAUCAUCCAAGGUAGUACUAGCGAGAAGCCGUCUAAGGAAGUUGAGAAAGUGGAUGAAGCACCUCCUCAACCACGAGAGUGGUUCACAUUCGGAAAGGACCUGUUCUACUUUGAACCCAUCAUCAUCCGCAAUCCUCCUGUUCGUUACGACACGACAAGCUGCAUUUCCGGGGCUUGGGACACAUACACGGCAACACCUCCGCAUCCACCCAUUCGUUAUGACACAACCAGCUCUCUGACGGGUGCAUACCAGGAUCUCGCCCGUUACAUGUGGCCUCCGCACCCUCCAGUGCGCUACGACACCACAAGCUGUUUGUCACCGGCAUUCGAAGGCGCUCUGCCCCCGUUGCCCGAGCUGCUGAGGAAUCCGCCGGUGCGCUACGACAACACUGGAUGUUUAUCGUCAGCCUUCAACCAUCCGCCCUGUCGCUAUGACAACACAGGGAAACUCUCAUCUUACUACAUCAGCGACGAACCGCCCGACUUCAUUCACUUACUUCCAGCCCUUCCCGCCACCAAAGCACCAAAGUCUACUCACUUACUGGAGUACAAGCCUCUUAUGUCGUAUGAUGUCGGACCCGACUGGACUUUGUUGGAGCUGCACGAACUAUUGAAGAAACCUGACCGCAUGAAGACGUGCAAGAAGCCUCCCAUCAAAAGACUUCCUCUGCCCACUUGUCCUCCAAAAAUCACACAGUUCCCGACAGUCAGGCGUGGCCACAAACGCUGUCUGGACGUUCAGUUCCGUGUGCCAAGUCGCAUGGGUUGGCUGUGGAAUACCAGUGCAUGUGGUUUACCUUACCGUCCGGGUUGGCGGCCUGGAGCCAUCAUGCGGGCGGUGAGCAUCAAGAUCCACAACUUCCACAAGGCGUACGGCGUGGACACCGCGCCGGCCUCCAAGAAGCGCCGCGAGAAGUCGGCGGACGACGGCCAGAAGGAGCUGCCGCCCACGCUGGAGUCCCCAUACGCGCCCCCGGCCACCCGCACCGUCUCCACGGAGGUGCGGCCGUACUCCGUGGACCUGACGGUGUCCAAGUCGACGUCGUCGCUGUCCAGCUCGGGCUCGUCGCUGCGCGCGCACGGGGACUUCUCGGAGUCGUCGGGCUUCUCGUCGUCGGCCCCGCGCUCGUCCCUGUACUCGGGCUCGUCGGUGUGCCCGCCGUGCGUGUGCUCGGGCUCGGAGGACACGGACUCGCUCAAGAUCGAGUUCGUGGCGCCGGCCAACUUCCAGCCGCGGUGGAAGUUCCCGUCCAUGCACCACGAAGAGACGCUCGUCACCGCGGAGGAGCUGCUGGCCGCGCGGAAGAAGUCCAAGCUGAAGAAGCCCGAAGAGCCCCCGCCCGAGGAGCCCAAGGGCAAGAAGAGCAAGGGGGGCAAAGAAAAGAAGGGGAAGGGAAAGAAAGGAAAGAAGGGGAAGAAAUAG